AUGAUAAGUGACUAUCAAUGGUGUGAGAGGGAAGGUUGUAGAUAUGCAGAGGUUCCAAAGGAACAGAUGGAUGAGCUUAUGGAGAGAUGUGAAAAUGAAGACUUGGAAGCAAUCGCUGACACUGAUUAUUAUUGUGGUGGGAAGCCUGCGGACAUCGUUUUCUUGUUGGAUGCUUCGGCAAGUAUCUGGGGCCCUGAUUUCAAGAAACAAACAAAAUUUGUCGAAGAUGUCGUCUCGAUGUUCCAGAUAAGUCCUGACAUGACGCAAGUCGGCGUUCUGACUUAUUCGCACGACGUUAAUCUAGAAUUUCCGCUGAAUAGACACAAAACGAAACAGGGUUUAGUGCGAGCGAUACAGCGAAUUCCACACAGGCCUGGUUUCGCUACGAACACAGCUCUUGGCAUUAAAUACAUGCGGAACAACAUGUUUACAAAGAAACAAGGAGCUCGCGAAAAUGUUGUUCGGGUCGCCAUUGUUAUGACAGAUGGCAAGUCAAGUAAUAUUUUGUUAACAUUGUGGCAGGCCAGCAGGGCGCGGCGUUCGGCUCAUAUUAAUAUAUUUUCGAUAGGAAUCGGUGAUGGGAUUCACAAACGAGAGUUACAAGGAAUCGCAGGCAAUAGACACCAUGCUUUUACGGUCGACAAUUACGCCGCGCUGGGUUCGAUCCGAGAGAUCCUUGCAAUUGAAACAUGUAGAGCCACGGACCCACCGACGAGAUCAACAAGACGCGCAACAGUUCCAGUCACCACAACUUGGACUACUACAACCCCCCCACCAUCAACCCAUCCGACUACUACAACGUCCACCACGAUGCGAGCGACAACAUCUACCACAGCUCGGCCGACGACAACAAUCACUACGACCACUACAACCGAACGGCCAACAUCUACAACGACGCCAACAACGCGGAUGGUUGAUAGAGUUUUAAAAAUUUGUUCUGGAAAAGUCCUUGACGUUGUGAUUGCUGCCGAUGCAUCGGAUAGAAUAUUCGAAGAGGAAUUUUACUCGCAAAUGGAUUUUUUGAAACGAUUAAUUAGAAUGCUUGACAUUUCGAACGCGACGACCCGCGUCGGGUUUUUAACGUUCGGGAAACGCCUUAAAACCGGUUUUGACCUCACAGAAUUUAACGACGCGGACAAAAUUAUUAAUAAAAUUGCCGGAGCAAAGCAAUUAAAAGGAAGAGGUGGGGUCGAUGAUGCUAUCAAAUAUAUGCGAACAAGAGGGUUCCGGAGGUCCCUUCUCCGGCGGAAGGUGAGCUCCCCUCAUAUUGGGUUAAUCGUUAGCGGAACGAAGAAUAAGAAUCUCGAACAGAUUGAAAAGGAGGCGAAGUUCGCUGCGAAAGCCGGGAUAGCGUUGUUCGGGGUUGGUGUGUCCCCACAAGUAUCAAGCGUCCAACUUGAGAAUAUCGUCGCGAGUCAGAAACCCGGGAAUCGCUAUUUCCUCGCGAAUUCAUAUAAUAACAUCGACAACAUCUUACACGAGUUAGCGAUACAAAUUUGUGAAGCUGAGCCGAACCUGGUUCCAGUUUCCGACGCAGGUUGUGGAUCGCGACAACCCGCUGAUGUGCUCUUCGCACAUGAUUCCUCGAAAGCUGGGGCUGCGAAGACAAGGCUUACCUUUAACUUUAUCAAAUCAAUCGUCGGUGAAUUCGACGUUGACCCCAAUCAUAUCCAAGUCGGUUUGCUAUCAAACAACUGCCCACGAUCAACUGGGUUUUCUUUCGGCGCUCAUAAAAACAAAUUCGAUGUCUUAAACAGCUUGAACGCGCUAGAAAGCUCCAGCAUGGCGCAGUUAAUCCACAAGCUUAGACGCCACGGGUUCCAAUCUUCAAAUGGUAAACGCACGAUGGCGAAAAAAAUCGGGAUUAUUAUCGUUGACAGCAGCUCGGAAAAGCCUUUAACAGCUUUAGAAGAAGCAGAGAUUGCAAGAUCACAAGGGAUUGAAAUAUUCAUAAUUGCCAUCGGAGAAAGUUUUUCUAAGAAAGAGAUAAAACUAUUAUGUAGUUCUCCAGCAACAGAGCAUUUAUUCACGGUUAGAAACUAUGAAGAACUAGAAAGUAUAAGGGCGAAGGUCCUCGAAAAGAUUUGCGAUGAACUUUAAGAUGUUCCAGAACUUUAAAUUCUUCAUAAAAUAAGAAAAGAAAAGACGAAUGGACUACAAGAAGACAACAAAAGAAAAUUAAACAAUGCUGAAAAUGAAAAAGCAUACAUGCACACACACACACACACACACACACACACACACACAUGCAC